AUGGCCCUUUUAUCAAACGCCAUUCUGGCCGUGUUGGUCUUGACCGCCACGGCCGUUCUGCUUCCGAAGCUAACAGGCACUCUGCUCGGUCUGAUCUUUCGGGGAGUGGGAUGCCUGAUCUGGAGACGAACCCGGACUCGCCGUGAAUACGUGAUCGCGCGGGCGCGAUCGGAGGAAGAGGAACUACGCGCUCCACGACCAAAGGCUUCAACAGCCUCACUAUCCCGCAACGGCGUCGAUGAUGAGGACUGGGAGAAGGUGGACAGCUCGGGUCCAAGUGGGGUACAAACUGCGACGAGCAGUGAGAGCAGCAGCAGUGCUGGAGACAAUCCCAGUAGCUCAGAUACUUGGGAUGGCAUUAUUGGGUUCUUUCACCCAUUCUGCAAUGCUGGCGGUGGUGGUGAACGAGUGCUGUGGGAAGCAGUCCGCGCAACCCAAAGGCGUUGGCCGAAGGCAAUCUGCGCUAUCUAUACCGGCGAUCACGAAGUGAAUAAGGCCGCUAUGCUGCAGCGAGUGGAGCGCCGGUUCAACAUUCAACUACACGCCCCGACUGUGGUACUUUUGUACCUGACGACCCGCAAAUAUGUCGUUAGCAGUUCAUACCCUUACAUGACGCUUCUGGGACAAUCGCUGGGCUCGCUAGUUGUUGCCUACGAUGCUCUGACGCUCCUCGUGCCUGAUGUGUUUGUUGACACCAUGGGCUAUGCUUUUACUCUUGCACUAUGCAAGUGGCUCUUCCCCACGGUGCCGGUUGGUGCAUACGUCCACUACCCAACCAUCUCAACCGACAUGCUUGCUUCUCUCGACGACAAGACUGGAGUGCAAGGUAUCAACUCUGGCGCCGGCAAAGGGUGGAAAGGAACCAUCAAGCGCCACUACUGGGAGAUCUUCGCUAAGAUAUACGGCUGGGUUGGCCGACACGUUGAUGUUGUUAUGUGCAAUUCUUCUUGGACAGCAGCGCAUAUCCGCAAGCUCUGGGGCACUGAUAGCAAAACCAUUUCUAGCACUGGCGACGGAACCGCCUCAUCACCGGCAGUGGUCUUUCCCCCGACAGCAGUCGCGGAAUUGGAAUCAACCAUCGCCGUUGACGCUGAGAGUGAGAAGACCCGUGAGCCCGUACUGCUUUACAUUGCCCAGUUCCGACCAGAGAAGAACCACCCACUAGUGUUGCGAUCCUUUGCACGAUUCCUACAGGAGAGAGCCAGCAAUCCAGCCUACGCUGGUCAGCCUCAGCCCCGUCUGGUGCUCAUCGGAUCCGUCCGGCACGCCAGCCCCGACGAAACACACAUCUACAAUCUGCGCCUGUUGGCCCACGAGCUCCGCAUCCGCGAUCAAACUACCUUCGUAUGCGAUGCCAGCUGGCCCGCCAUGCUAUCCCACCUCGCUACUGCUUCCGUUGGUGUCAACGGCAUGUGGAAUGAGCACUUUGGCAUCUGCGUCGUCGAGUACCAGGCUGCUGGUCUCAUUUGCGUAACCCAUGACUCGGGCGGUCCACGUGAAGACAUCGUCAUCGACCUUGGAGAUGGAGCAACUGGCUUCCGAGCUGAGACCGAGGAGCAAUUUGCUGCUUCUUUCGAGGCAGCCCUUGCUUUGCCAGAGGAGGAGAAGGUUGCUAUGCGAUUGCGGGCGCGUCGCUCAGCACUACGCUUCACUGAAGAGGAAUUCUCCCGGAAGUGGCUAGAUCAAGUGCAGAAGCUUGUAAAAGCGACGAAGUAG